AAGUAAAAUAAUGGGAUUAAAAGGUUCCUCCACUAAAAAAUAUGCUAGGAUUGUUUAUUGAUUUUUAAAUGUUUUUCAGCUCAAAAAUGGCUUUAAAAAAGGUAAAAGGAAAUUUAGAGCGAAUGUUUGAUAAAAACUUAACCGACUUGGUAAGGGGGAUAAGAAACAACAAGGAAAAUGAGGCCAAAUAUAUUUCUGAAUGUAUGGAAGAUAUCAAGCAAGAACUCAGACAAGAUAAUUUGUCAGUCAAGAGUAAUGCAAUUGCUAAGCUUACAUAUUUACAAAUGUUGGGCUAUGAUAUAUCAUGGGCUGGCUUUAACAUAAUAGAAGUGAUGAGUUCAAGUAAAUUUACCUUAAAACGAAUUGGAUACCUUGCUGCCAGCCAGUCAUUUCAUUGUGAUUCAGAGUUAUUAAUGCUAACCACAAAUAUGAUAAGGAAAGAACUGAACUCACAGAAUCAGUAUGAAGCUGGGCUUGCACUGACAUCUCUCAGUUGUUAUAUUAGUACUGAUUUAGCCAGAGAUUUAUCAAAUGAUAUCCUAACAUUGCUCAGUUCAACUAAACCUUACAUAAGAAAAAAAGCUGUAUUAAUGAUGUAUAAAGUAUUUUUAAAGUAUCCAGAUGCCUUGAGGCCUGCCUUUCCUAGGUUAAAGGAAAAAUUAGAAGACCCAGAUCCAGGUGUUCAAUCAGCAGCAGUUAAUGUUGUAUGUGAACUAGCUAGAAAAAAUCCGAAGAACUAUUUGAGUCUUGCUCCAGUCUUCUUUAAACUAAUGACGACAAGUACAAAUAACUGGAUGCUAAUCAAAAUUAUUAAACUAUUUGGUGCCCUUACUCCCUUAGAACCUAGGCUAGGUAAAAAAUUAAUCGAACCUCUUACAAAUCUUAUACACAGUACGUCUGCAAUGAGUUUGCUUUACGAAUGCAUUAACACUGUCAUAGCUGUCCUGAUUAGUAUUUCAUCUGGUAUGCCGAACCACGCGGCCAGUAUACAACUUUGCGUCCAAAAACUGAGGAUUCUGAUAGAAGAUUCAGAUCAAAACUUGAAAUAUUUAGGAUUACUUGCCAUGUCGAAAAUAUUGAAGACUCAUCCUAAAAGUGUACAGUCACAUAAGGAUUUAAUUCUACAAUGUCUCGAAGAUAAGGAUGAAUCGAUACGACUGCGAGCCUUAGAUUUACUAUAUGGAAUGGUUUCGAAAAAAAAUCUAAUGGAAAUUGUUAAAAAACUAAUGGUCCACAUGGACAAAGCAGAAGGAACCAUUUAUCGAGACGAACUUCUUAGUAAAAUUAUUCUAAUUUGUUCUCAAAAUAAUUAUCAAUUUAUUACUAAUUUUGAAUGGUACGUCACGGUUUUAGUGGAAUUAGCCCAAAUGGAAUUCGGAUCAAAACAAGGUCAUGUCAUUGGAGCCCAACUUAUGGAUGUAUGUAUAAGAGUUCAGGCAAUACGGGCUUUUACCGUUGCAGAAAUGGCACAGAUAUUAGACAUUUAUACCUCAACAUCACAGUUUACUAUCAUGCAAGAAGUUCUGUACGCUGCAGCGUGGUUAUGUGGAGAAUUUGUGAGCGAAUUAAAGGAUCCCGAACAAACACUGAAAGCAAUGGUUAAAUACAAAAUACUCCCGCAACAUAUCGAAUCGGUUUUUAUACAAAAUAUUCUCAAGGUAUUCACUUUCGUUAUCAGAAAGUACGAAACGGAAGAACAGUACGAUGAAAUUCUAAGGGUUUGCAAUCUAGUGAUAGACAAAUUAAGUGACAGUAUCAAAUCUGCCGAACUGGAAGUCCAAGAGAGGGCUAGUACGUCUCUGAUGAUCAUUAAGAUUGUUCGGGAGGAAUGUAUAUCAAGGAAAGCAACUGGUAAUUCAAAACUCAUGGAGAAUGAAGAUGUUGAGGGUAAAACGGAAAAUACUUUGUUAAUUGCGGACGAACUCGAAAGUUUGUUUUGCGGUGAACUGAAUCCAGUUGCGCCGAAAGCACAAAGGAAAGUGCCUGUACCAGACGGUUUAGAUUUAGAUGCCUGGAUCAACGAACCUGUAGACGAAUCAGAGUCGGACAGUGAACCUGAAAUGGUAGAGAAUCUAUUUGUAAAAUCAGAAAGAACUAGGCCAUCGUACCAACCGGAGCCUACGGAAGAGGAAAUGAAAAAGAGUCGGGAAGCUAGAAAGUACGAACAACAAAACAAUCCGCACUAUUUAAAGAGUAAUGAUUCCAUCGAACGCAACGGAAACAGUAAUGGCAAUGAACAUUUCGAUAGUAUACCCAUUGCCGAAUUAAAUCUCAAUGUUCCGCUGAAGAUGAUAGGCCAGAAACGGUCUGAUAAGUACCUUAAUGUUAGCAAAACGUCCAAAAAGAAGAGGACUAGUAGGAAGAAAAAACACAAGUCUGAAAGUUCCUCUGAUGAAGAAGUUAAUCAUGGUCCUGUGAUAGAAGUAAAGAGAGAUAUGGAGCUUCCAGAAGGAGCCACAAUUUCUGACAAUGAAAGUGAUCAUUCUCAUAAAGACGAUCCUCAUCGAGCCCUAGAUAUAGACCUAAACUUGCCAACUUACGAUCCUUCGGCGAAACCAGAACACCCUAAAAAACAAUUGAAAGAAAAGAAGGAAAAGAAACAUUCCAAGAAAAAAUUGGAUAAGGAGAAAUCUAGUAAAGACAAUAACGAAAAACGUACUAAAGAAAAUUGUAAUAGUGUUAAAGUAGUUAAGGAAAAAUCUAGUAAAAAGAAAAAUGGUAGGCAUAAAGAGAAAAAGGAACACGUGGCUAAAGAAGCGAAUUUAUUAGGUUUAGACGACGUCGCAGUAGAAGCAGUAGGAGGUGAGACGGAAGUUAAAGAGAUUAAAAAGGAAAAGAAGAAAAAGAAGUCCAAAACUCCAAAAGAAACAGCCAAGGAAAAAGAAGAAAAAGAGGAAUUGCGAAAGAGUUACAGCGAUUUCAACGCCCAGUAAGGAAUUCCAAUAAAUUUUUAUAUAAAUAUUUUAUUUAUUGUUAUAAGUUUGUUGAAAUACUCUUUCUCUCUAAUAAACAAAAAAGAGUGCAGGUUAUUGUUGUUAUUGUUUAACAAAACAGGAGAUGAGAUCAGUUAAGCCAAGCAGUUCUAAAAGAGAUUUAAUUAAAAGUAUUUAUCUUAAGUUAGUACAAGUUAAAAACACCAAAGAAAUUUGAAAUUUCGUAGUUUUAUUGACAGUUUUUCCCAUCAGAAUGACUAUGACCAAGUUGUACUAGAGUUCUCUCCAUCCUUCCCCUCUCUCUCUUUCUUUAUGCCACUCCCCAUCUAUCUCGUUUAUCUUACACUUGGUUAGUAUCAUCUUUAAUAGCAAUGUUUCACCUCAAUGCAAAUAAAUAGACAAAAAUAGACAUUUCUGUUGAAUCUGAAGGUAAUGAAGGUUUUUUUAUUUUUUAAAUUUUGUUAUCGACAUUCCACUAUCUCCCAAUUUUUCAAUUUUUCUGUAUAUUUCUUCGACUCUCUCCAUAAAUGGUCCUUUAUCUGAUUCUUUUUCUGUCUGUUUAUGUUUCUCUCCUAGAUUUCUAUCCAUCUGUCUAUCCGUUUCUCUCCCUUCUCCAUUUCUGUCACUUCACACCAGAUUAGUCAAUAAUACACGCCUCUAUCUCUAAGUUUUACUAAUUUAUAUUUGAAAUCAUAGUAUAAGUAUAGUUAAUUUAUUCUGAGUUGUGGUUGAAAGUUUCACAUAAAGAAAUACAUUUUUCUAUCAUUUUAGAACUAAUUGGUAAGAUGUGCAAUGACGUAAGGUUAAAAAUGUUAUUAAAAAGUUAACUUCGGUCAGGUUUUCGAUCUGUAACAACUACUCGCUUCUUGUUGAUCUUGGAAAUUAUGUAUCUAUCUUAAAUAAACGAAAGACUUAUUAAUAAUAACAAUAUUAUAAAUUGCUUUGUAAUCCCUAUAGUUUAUUUUAAAAGAUGUAUAUUGUAAAAUGAAUCAAUGAAUUAUAUUGUUUAAUAU